CACACCCGCGCAGCUCGACGUCGCCGCAAUUGCAAGCACGAGAAAGGGAGCUCUGGAAGCUAGGCCUGGCGCCAAACACGAGCGCAACGGCCGCAUGGCGGAGGAUGCCGGGCGGGCGUAGGAUGCCGGGCGGUGAGCUGCCCCGCCAUCGGCAAGAGGGGCCCUGAGUUCUCCCAAGAGCCCCCUAGACCAUCCAUCCCACUCGAAGCACCAUGCCGAACCUGAACUCCCUCAUCCAGAGCAUCACGCACGAUGUGCGCCAUCUGAUCCCCGAGGAAAUCGAUAAGGCCUUUGCCUCUAUCAAAUGCAUUGACCUCAUCUCCAAGCCUCUGGGCUCCAAGAUCCUCUCGUACUCGGACGAAUGGUUCGCGGCGGCUGAGAACCUGACGACGCCCACGGCGCCGGUCCGCAAGCCGGGCGUCUUCACGCACGCCGGAGCUUGGUACGACGGGUGGGAGACGCGGCGGCACAACUCGGAGGAGGCGGACUGGGUGGUGAUCCGGCUGGGAGUGGCCAGCGGCAAGGUCAAGGGCAUUGAGAUCGACACGUCCUUCUUCUCGGGCAACCACGCGCCGGAGAUCGCGGUGCAGGGAUGCUUCGGCGACGACGACGAGGCGAUCAAGGACCCCAACUACGACGGCUGGCAGACGAUCCUGUCGAAGCAGGAGUGCGGCCCCAACCAGCGCCAGGCGUGGCUGCUGCCCAAGGAGACUGAGGACGCCUUCACCCACGUGCGUCUGCUCAUGUUCCCGGACGGCGGCAUUGCGCGCUUCCGCCUGUUCGGCUCGGCCGUGCCCAUCUUCCCCAGCAGUGCCGAUCAGAGCUUCGAUCUGGCCGCCCUGGUCAACGGCGGCAUCGCCAUCGACUGCUCCGACGAACACUUUGGCACCAAGGACAACCUGCUGCUGCCGGGCCGCGGCGUCGACAUGGGCGACGGCUGGGAGACGAAGCGCACGCGCGGCGAGCACAUUGACUGGGUCAUAGUGCGGCUGGGCACCGAGGGCGAGAUCGAGAAGCUCGUCCUCGACACGGCCCACUUCCGCGGCAACUUCCCCAAGGAGAUGCAGGUGUUUGCCGGCCACUUUGGCGACAAGGACCCCGACAGCCACCACAACGACGACUGGGUCGAGAUCCUCGAGCCCCAGCCCGCCGGCCCCGACCAGGAGCACGAGUACGAGGGCGACGUGCUGAAGGAAGUGGCCGGCAAGGCCUACACGCACGUCAAGCUCGUCAUCAUCCCCGACGGCGGCGUCAAGCGGCUGCGCGUCAUUGGCAGGCGCAGGAUGUGGUAAAUGAUACCCACGGAUAUAUAGAGAAUAUGACACGCUAUGGUGUUUGACUGCGUAGCUCGC